AUGCAGGCCGAGACAGCUGAGGAAGACGGGCAAAGUGGGAGUCGCUAUCCACGGCGCGAACGGAAGCAGGCCAAAAAGCUCGUGAUCGAGGAGGUCGUCAGGAGAAAGCGGCCGGUUCGCCCCCCAUCUCCCGUCAUUCAAUUCCUGCCGAUCGAACGUCCCGACUGGCUCCGCGGAAUUUUGGCGAACAAGAACAAAAUUAGGGGCGACCGUGGCGUACGCUUCAUCGAAACGGCGCGAUAUCGGCUGAUCCCUAGAAGGUCUGAUGCGGUGCCCGGGAUGGUUGCUGUAUCCGAUGGUGACGAUACGAUGCUGAUGCCGCUCGUGCUCCCAGAUCAAAUAGACCCAGUCUAUGCGGAAAAAGAUCCGGACGGCGUUGAGGCUGGGGAUGGCUGCUUUUUACUCGAAUUUUCGGCCUUGCUUCAAAAAGGCCCCGAACCGGCGCUCGAAAAUCCCGCUGAAGAGGAGGAACAAGGAGAAUUGAUAGAAACUGAUGAGCCUCUACCUGGCAGCCCGGCACCUAUCGAGCCUCCACUGCCUGAGCGCGUGGCGAGAAGGCGCCGAACUGGCGUUUUCGAGGUCCCAGUGAUAACAAGCCCGGAAGCUGAUGUGAGCACAGAAUCGGAGCCCAUGCCGACGCCUGAACCUACGGUCGAAGCAGAUUGUACUACAGAACCCCCUACUCAAGGCGAAAUGACGACCGAGGCUUCAUCCCCAAGACCGCAGAGCAUCAGCCCGGAAUUGAACGACGCCCAACCUCCGGAAGCUCGUGCUAUUUUCUUCGGGCGACGGCAGCUGUUGGAUAUGCCUGUUCCACCUUCCCCGCCGGUCUGCGUAUCCCGGCAUGAUCCUAACGUCUUGGGUUCUGGCCGUCGCCCGUCCCCAGUUGAUGCUCAAGAUGAGCAGAAGUUACGUGAAUUCGAGCCGGCCCCAAUUGUGCGGACACGCGGGAGGCGUUCGAUGUAUUUGCCCAUUCCUUGCGAAAUUCUGGGAGCUGGCAGUUCAACCGAAAAUACGACUGCCGCGGAAACGAUCCGGCCAUCAUCACCAAAAGCAGUAGAGCCACUGCAUGGAUCCGAGCCACAACCGGAAGCACCGGCGCCCAUCGUGACGAAAAGCCGCACUCGCCGCUCCAUGUAUCUGCCGACUCCCAUUGAUCUCGAAGGUGGCAAUGUGCUGAAACGAGCCUCGCCCGACCAGGAACAAGAGAACCAGCCGAUACCGACCGUCUUCAAAAGCCGCUCGCGCCGUUCGAUGUACCUGCCUCCUGUGGCCAUUGAAGAACCAGAGAUCCCUGCCAUUUCUCGCCUCGAGGUGGCUGAGAACGCUGAGAAUACCACUGAACAGUCUGUCGUACCCGAACAAACUGAAGCUCCAACCGAUCAACAGGAGUACAAGGCGGAAAUGCUGGCACGCAAGAAUCGCCCGCGCCGUUCGAUGUACGUGGCCCCAGAAGCGCCCAUCGACUUCCAGCAGUUGCCCGAAAAACGCCGACGUCGCCGCUCAUCAUAUUUCCAUCCGGUUCCGAAUUCA